GCAUGCCACCGACCACAGUUUGAAAGCAACCUCCGUCAUGAUCGCGUCAGCUGGCUUCUAGUUGCCCCACCUCAUCGGAAACAAGCCGCCGUCCGCGCGCGUGUUUGGACUAGCUCGCGGCGGGUAUCCGCUCGAGCAAUUUUCCGUCCACUUCUGAUCUCUUUCACUGUCUCUACGCGAGUACGUAGUUCCAGCCCCCCAUCGAUCGAUCCAAAGAAAUCCCGUUCCGUAAGGAUCGAUAUUUCCAGUUAAAGUCCAGAAACGACUUGUCUAGUGCCUGUCUUGAUUUUUGUUCAUCUUUUGGAGCAUUAAGUAGAGUGUAUUUAAAAGAAGUUAGUUUCUUAGGAGAAACAAGCUUGCCGGCGGCGAAGACAAAUGUGAUCUCGAGGAGGAGUAGGAGGAUCCAGAUCGAUGAAAGUGUGGCCGGCGUUCGAGUAACGGUGCGCGGUAAACGAUGUGAGGAAGAUCACCGCGCGAGAGAAUCGAAGACGAUCGAUCGCGGUCGUCGAACAACACGGUCUUUUGUUCCCUUGGAGGAUCGUCGUGUUGGAUCAAGGAAGAUGAGCGGCAGAAGAAGAGUGUUCAGUGCCCUGAACGGGCUAAAGUGUGAUCGUGCUAUCGUAUGGUCGGUGUUCUUGUGGUGUCUGGUAUUUCUGUCUGGUAACGUCGAGAGUGCACCGCCUGGGAUAUGCGCGAUGGACGGCUGCAACUGCACCGUCAAGGCGCACCGCUGGAUUAACGUCAAGUGUGUCUUCUCUGACGAUCAGGACGUAGAAUUACUGGAGGGAACCAUUCCAUCGGAGGCGAUGGAGGUGGAGGUCUCUCACUGCAGGGAGUUGAGGAUCCAGUCGGGCGCAUUCGCGGAUGGCGCGCCUUUGAAACGGGUUCACGUGUCAGGGAUCUACAGCCUGGUGGCUAAGAGGCAAGCGUUCCAGAAUCUGAGCGCGCCGAACACGCACCUCGAAGUGUCUGAGUGCAACAGCGUGAUCCUAGAGAGUCACGCGUUCAGAAAUUCGCGAGGAACGCUGAGCGUUUCGAUAUCGAGAUGCAGGAACGUGGGGAUCAAACCGAACGCUUUCUCCAGGCUACUCUGGAUCACGAUCAGGGAGGUGCCGAUGCUGGAGCUGGCUAGCAACGCGUUCAAACUCGAGGCUUCUCAACACGGCAGGCAUGGACCAGCGACCAAGAUUAUGUUCCAAAGUGUGAGAAUCACGGAGUUGCCGACAGCGGUGUUUCCAUCAGCGGUAGCGGAAGUCCGGAUGGACGACAUCUGGACAAAGGUGAUCCGCAAGAACGCGUUCUGCGCGAUGACCAUCUUCAGCGUGACCAUAAGCAACGCGUCGAUCCUGGAGAUCGAGACCGGUGCGUUCAGCGACAGAGCGUUGAUCCAGAGCUUGGAGUUCGUCGACGUUAGAUUGAAGAGCAUAGAGAGAGGAGCCUUCCGGGCUGGCCACGACAACCUUACGAUACAAUAUUCAAGGCUCUCCGAAGUGGAGACCGGCGCCAUCGACAUAUCCGCCGCGACGGUCAGCUUCAACAACAACGAGUUCCUGAGCCUGCACCAGGGCGCGAUCGUUCUGCACCAGUGGAACCACAUAGCCAUCGACUACAAUCUGUUCGUCGAUUUGGAGACGGACGCGAUUACCGCGGAGGUGGACGCCACGUCGGCGCCGAAUUUCGAGUUCUCGUUCACGGGGAAUCACAUAGAGAGGGCGAGGCCGGGCUCGCUGAAAUUCGCCGCGAUCUCGCAGCGAGUGAACACCGCCAGGGUUGGCAAUAAUUACUUCAAGGAGAAGUGUAGAUGCGGCCUGGACGGUUGGAUACGAGAAGUGACGGGCAAGAACAGCUCCGUUUCGUGGAUGAUGGAUUCGAGCUACUGCGUGGUCGACCAGCUUCUCGACAGGUGCUUCAACCUUCCACAAGGCUACAUGUCUAUGAGAAAUUUCACCAAGAUCAUCUGCGGACCUGGCGGUCACAUCGUCUGCGAAAAGCCAUCUGCCAAGCCGGAGCCAAGCGUCAGUCCACCGAGCGUCGGCCCGCACGUCUAUCCAAGGCACAAGGGUUACUUCGACGUGGAGAUGAGCGACUCGGAGCAAUUGCAACGCGAGAAGAGAAUCAUCGUAGUGAUCUGUGUAGUGGCAGUGUUCGUCGUGCUGGUGGUCAUCCUCGCCUCUGGGAUUCUAUACAUGCGUCGAAGCGGUGUCUGCCCAAAGUUAACGUCCGGUCAUCUGAUGAAUCUGACCAGCUGGUUGUCACCCAGUAGCGGAAUGACCGCUGCCACGUCUGCCAGAUCGAUAUCCAGGUUAAGCGUGCACGAGUACGCGGGUCUUCAACCAGAGACGCGGAUUCUGGAGGUGGAAACUCAAGCAGAGGCGACAGAGGAAUACGAGGAAGACGUCGAAGGGUUGUAUCCAUACACCGAGAACAAGGCCACGCAAACGUUGCCCGAAGAGUUGACGGAGGAGUACCUAAGGGACCUCCGAGAGAGAUUGAACGAUCCUGACAACUACAAUCAAGCGAGAGACAUGAUCGAGCAUCUGUACGAUCUGAUCAAAGUGGAGGAGAGCUGUAACAACAACAACGACAGGCAACCGUCGGGCAGGGAGGAGAACGCGUACGACGUGAUUCAACCGAGGCAGAGGAGACUCAGGGGUGCGCCAAAGCCAUCCGUCAGCGUUGGCACGAAAGCGCCGUCGUUGGAGAAACUAUUGCCGAGCGCGAUACAACCAAGACCACCACUGACCGAGUAUACAGAGCCUCGCGAUCAAAAACCAAGCGAGCAGAAUCAUCUGUACGCUGAGUUACCUGGCGACGAGACCGUUCCCAGUACCAGUCGACUGUCUCAACCAAUCUUGGCGACCUUGGCUGGAAGAGCGCCACAACCACUGCCACCGGACGUCGUGAACGACCACCUGCUGAUCAACGACCACUCGAAUCAGAUGUUUAGUUGCCCGAAGACUGAGAAUCAUCGGCCUCCGGACAGCCCAAAGUUCGAAGCCUCCAGAAAUCCCGGUAGACCGAUGAGUUUCCUGAAGGCUCUCGGUGAGAGUAUUCUCGGUGGUUCCAAGUCGAACAACAAGAAAAGGCCCAAUUCUUUGCUCUGCGAGUACGCGGAGCCUUCCGACGCGACUGCCCACCUGUACUCGGAACUACCGGAACCUCAAACGUCGACUCCGGCGGGGAAAAUGGCCAACAGGCCGCUACCCACCAAACCCGACCAAGACUCCGCGAGCAUGGCGAGGGCAUAACAAACGCCCGUCGUCGAUUGUCUGUGAUAAGUGCGUGAGAGUGGCAACGCUACCACCAAGUGAAUCGUGCUCUCUCUCUCUCUCUCUCUCUCUUUCUCCUUCUCGUUGCGUUGUGUUUCCUAAUAAUGAUCGUUCGUCGCAGCAACGAUGAAUUUGUGCCUGGUGUCCGAGCGUGUCAGUCCGAGAGUUUCGUGGAGAAGGAAGAAACAGCCAGAACAAAGUGCCAGAGAUAUGUAAGAACACUUUUUACGAUGCUAGUUUAUAAGAAGUUUUUGUAUAAAAGAAAAGGCAAAAGAAAGGAAGAAAAAUAGGGAAAUUGACGGGAAGGAUGAACCUGUUCCUCCGUUCAGGUUACGUCGUAACUUGUGCUCUUCGUUCGUGUGGAUUGAACCGGUAUGGUUCGUUAGACGAGCGACGAGAGACGAGUUUUAUUUAACGACCGGCUCCGAGACGCGGAUGUAUUAUAGAUUUAUAUAUAUAUUUGCUUCGUCAGGUAUUAUUAAAGGAGUAUUUCACAUUC